AUGUUAAUUUAACAAAUUAUUACUAAAUCUCCUUUAAAAACUCAAACUCAUUUGACUGAAACCUUCAUUCAUGCUGAUCAGAAAUAUUUCACUUCAAAAGGAAUAAUAUUCAUCUAAUUAAAUAUACUUAAAUCUAUAACCAAUUUGAAGAAUUUAGAAUAUACAAAUCCAAAUGUAAAAAAUAAGACAAGAUUUUUGAAAUGAAAUAUUUAAAAAUUGAUUAAAUGAACUACUCUUGCUAAAUAAAAGUAGACAAUUUAUAUAUAAUUUUCAAACCAGUUUGAUUCAUUUUAAAUAAUAAAUGGAAGAUUAUCAAAGAUAACUAAGAUAAAGAACUAAGAUAAAUCAAUUAAUUAGUGGCUUCAUUAAAAUUAGAGAUCUUUCAUUUAAAUUUAUUAUAUAAUUAGAAAAAGAAAAAUUGAUGAACUUAAAUCCAAUAAUUAACUUAUUAUUAAUGACUUUAACAAAUAAUUGAAGAAUAUUCUCAAGUCUCUCAUUCAAAAUGAUAUUCAAAAAAUAAAUAAGGGUAUUAGUCUAAGCCAAACCUAUUGGAUAUUCAAUUUUAAAGAAAUAAGUUUUUGA